AUGAACUUUGAUCAAUUGACAGAGGAACAGAAGCAGCAGCUUUACCUACAGCAUUUACAACAACAACAACAACAACAGCAACAACAACAACAACAGCAACAGCAACAGCAACAGCAACAGCAACAACAACAGCAACAACAACAGCAACUACAACAACAACAAUAUGCAAAUCAGUACUCAGCACCACAGAGAGAGGUAUACCAGCUGCUAAAUCACGGACAAGCAAAUCAAGGUGACGAUAGCUUUAUGGAUGAAGACACAACUGAGUUAGUUGAAGAAGUCCCGGUACAGUUUGAUACCCAUUCACCAAUUAGAGGACAACAGCAACCGAAUAAUCAACCACAGGGGUUAUUGAACACUUUGUCUCCACAAACGAACACUAUGUCAUCACCUCGUUUUACACAGCUGGACAAGUUCGAUCAAGGGUAUUCGUCUCACUUUGGAUACAACGGUAAAGGUGUUCAGUUUAGCUCAAUAGACUCUAUGAACUAUCAGCCACCAGUGAAUAAUUUCACUCAGUUGAAUAACAUGUCUAAUACUAAUUUAUCGGAGAUCAGUAAUGGUAAUCAUUCGUCACAUCUGAAUUUAGCUAGCUCACAUGAGUUGAGUUCGCCACCAGAGACACCAGUCACGUCAGCUGCUUGGUCACAACAAGGACAGGCCCCGCAACCAGCUCAGGCCCCUAUUCAACUUGCACCACAAGCUCUGCAAUCACCAGUACGAGCACAGCAACAACUGACUGCUAACUUUACACCUCCACCAAGUAGUGGUGCCCGCAGCUUGAACCCAUCUGGUAAUACAGCUUCAAACUACGUUCAUUUCAAUAGGCAGCCACACCUUUUACCAAGCGAGAUUCAAGAUCGUGGUAAGGCAGUGAAGUUGAAGAUGGAGAAUUUCUACACCAUGGCGGUCAAUCAUGCCAUUGAAAGAAAUCAAAGAAGAAUGCAAAUGGAGCAGAAAUUGAUUGAAGAAGGUGCAGGAGUUUCUGAAGAACGAAAGAAUCGUCAUAUACAAAACUAUAGCAAAAAAGAAAAGCAGUUCUUACGUUUAAGAAGAACCAAGUUAUGUUUGGAAGAUUUUGAAACGAUUAAAGUGAUCGGUAAAGGUGCAUUUGGUGAAGUGAGAUUAGUACAAAAGAAGGAUAACGGUCAUAUUUAUGCUAUGAAGACAUUGUUGAAGUCGGAAAUGUACAAAAAGGAUCAAUUGGCGCAUGUUCGUGCAGAAAGAGAUGUAUUGGCCAAUAGUGAUUCACCAUGGGUUGUGUCAUUAUUCUAUUCUUUCCAAGAUUCACAAUACCUUUACUUAAUUAUGGAGUAUUUACCUGGAGGUGAUUUGAUGACAAUGUUGAUUAGAUGGCAAAUUUUCACAGAAGAUAUUACUCGAUUCUAUAUGGCCGAAUGUGUGUUGGCAUUGGAAGCUAUUCACAAGUUGGGUUUUAUUCAUCGUGAUAUUAAACCGGAUAACAUUUUGAUUGAUAGACGCGGACAUAUCAAACUAAGUGAUUUCGGAUUAUCAACAGGGUUCCACAAGACUCAUGAUUCGAAUUAUUAUAAGAAGUUGCUUGAAGAGAAUCCUAGUCAACCGCCAUUACCAGCUAAUCAAUUAACUAGUAACAACAAUGGACGUAAUUCAAUGAUGGUGGACGCUAUCCACUUGACCAUGUCAAACAGACAACAAAUGCAAACAUGGAGAAAAUCACGAAGAUUAAUGGCUUAUUCCACUGUGGGUACUCCUGAUUAUAUUGCUCCUGAAAUUUUUGUCCACCAAGGAUAUGGACAAGAAUGUGAUUGGUGGUCGUUAGGAGCAAUCAUGUUUGAAUGUUUAGUUGGAUGGCCUCCAUUUUGUGCGGAAACCCCUCAUGAAACAUAUCGUAAAAUUAUCAAUUGGCAAGAAACUUUGCAAAUACCCGAUGAUGUUCAUCUUUCACCAGAAGCCGAAGAUUUAAUUAAACGAUUAUGUACAUCAGCUGAACAAAGAUUAGGUCGAUAUGGAGGAGCAGAUGAGAUUAAACAACAUCCAUUUUUCCGUGGUGUUGAUUGGGAUACUAUACGAAAAGUUGAUGCACCUUUUAUUCCUAAAUUGCGAUCGAUUACUGAUACGAGAUUUUUCCCAACUGACGAAUUGGAAAAUGUCCCUGAUAAUCCAAUCUUGACUAAAGCUAUGGAACAGAGAGAGUUGGAUGCCAAAAAUGGUGGUAGAAAGAAUCCUAAGGAGGAUUUGCCAUUUAUUGGAUACACUUAUUCAAGAUUUGAUUAUUUGACAAGGAAAAAUGCAUUAUAG